AUGGACACAACCGCCACUCGCGAUCCCGAUGAGGCCAAUGUCCUCCCCGUGACGCAGCACCAGAACCAGACGCCAGAAACGCCAUCCUCACCGGCAGCGACAAGGAUGAAGACGACGACACGAGCCGCAUGGUGGCACAUGCACCCUUUUCGCGGCAUGAUCAACGACAUGCGCCGGCGCGCGCCGUACUAUCUGAGCGACUGGACAGACGCCUGGGACUAUCGCGUCAUCCCAGCCACGGUGUACAUGUACUUUGCCAACAUCCUGCCAGCAUUGGCCUUUUCCCUCGACAUGUUCCAAAACACGGCCUCGCACUAUGGCGUCAACGAGGUGCUGCUCUCCUCUGUCCUCGGAUCCGUCGUCUUUGCCCUCGCCGCCGCGCAGCCGCUCGUCAUUGUCGGUGUGACGGGACCGAUUACCGUCUUCAAUUACACCGUAUACGACAUUAUCCAACCGACCGCCAUGGACGGCAUCUCUCUCUCCAACACUAACUCGUCAUCCAGAUGGUCCCUCAUCCUGCACUGGAUCCUCGCCAUCGGCAACUCGUGCAACUGGCUUCGCUGGGUGACGCGCUUCCCCUGCGACAUUUUCGGCUUCUACGUCGCCUGCAUCUACCUCCAAAAGGGCGUGCAGGUGCUCGCGCGCCUCGGCCAUGGGUCCGACUUUUACCUAUCCCUCGCUGUCGCCCUUCUCGUCUUCCUCGUCGCUUACGUCUGCGCCGCCCUCGGCAGGGGCAGCCUCUUCCACCAUGCGGUCCGCGUCUUCCUGCAGGACUACGGCACGCCCCUCACGCUCGUCUUCUUCACCGGCUUCGUGCACUUUGGCCGCAUGCAACAAGUCGCGCUGCAGCGGCUACCCACCGGCAUUGCCUUUGCGCCGACCUUGGACCGGAGCUGGCUCGUCCGCUUCUGGGAACUCAGCGUCGCCGAUGUCUUCACGGCGCUACCCUUUGCCAUCCUACUCACCAUUCUCUUUUGGUUUGACCACAACGUCUCGUCGCUCAUCGCCCAGGGCAGCGAGUUUCCGCUCCGCAAGCCCGCCGGUUUCCACUGGGACCUGUUCCUGCUCGGGCUGACCACCGGCAUCGCCGGCCUCCUCGGACUGCCCUUCCCCAACGGCCUCAUCCCGCAGGCGCCGUUCCACACCGCAUCCCUCUGUGUCACGCGGCCCGUUAAGCAGCUUGAUGCCAAGGGUGAGGACAAGGGCGAGUUUGCCCUCGAGGCGACGCACGUCGUUGAGCAGCGCGUAUCCAACCUCGCCCAGGGACUUCUCACCCUCGGCACCAUGACGGGCCCGCUGCUCGUGGUCCUGCACCUCAUCCCACACGGCGUUCUCGCCGGGCUCUUCUUCAUCAUGGGCGUCCAGGCCCUUGAGGCCAACGGCAUCACAUCCAAGCUCGUCUUCCUCGUCCGCGACCGCCACCUCACGCCAGCCGCGACCCCACUGCGCGCCGUGCGGCGCCGCGCCGCCGUCUGGUGGUUCGUAGCGAUUGAGCUCGUCGGCUUCGCUGCCACAUUUGCCAUUACGCAGACGGUCGCCGCCGUCGGUUUCCCCGUCUUCAUCCUCGCGCUCAUUCCGAUCCGCGCCGUGUUGCUGCCCCGCAUCUUCAGCCAGGAGGAGCUCGCGCAGCUCGACGCGCCCACGGCGUCCGACUUCACUAUGGAGGGCAUCGGCGGCGCCUGGAGCGGCGCCGCCGUUCCGGCCAGCGGAGAUGCCACGCCGCGCGACGACAGCGAUGACGCUGCGCUGCCGCAUCGCGAAAGCCGCGGCGUCAUGGAGGGCGGCGCAUUUCGUCGCCGCAGAGGCAGCUCGACCCGCGACAGCGUCUUGGCGAACCCCGGCAACCCGCGCAAGAGCCAGGAGGACAUGGCGGAGCUGGGGCGCAUGCCGAGCGGGCACGGCACGGCGUCGAGACGCAGCGCGGAGCGAGGACAAAGUAAAACACGAAGGUAA